GUGUUUCCCGUUUUCCCGCCAUUGACGCCUUCCUCUCCUCUCCUCUCCUCUCUCCCUCUCUAAACCUUUUGAUUUCCAUUCCUCUUCUCUCCUCUCCUCUCCUCUCCAUCUUCUUCUGCUUAAUCACAAUGCUAUGGGUAGACAAAUAUCGACCUAAAAGCCUAGACAAGGUUAUAGUCCACCAAGAUACUGCCCAAAAUCUCAAAAAACUGGUAACGGAGCAAGAUUGCCCACAUUUGCUGUUUUAUGGACCUCCUGGUUGCGGCAAGAAAACCCUAAUUAUGGCCCUUCUUAGGGAGAUGUUUGGCGCUAGUGCUGAUAAGGUCAAAGUGGAGAACAAAGGAUGGAAGAUUGAUGCUGGGACUAGAACGAUUGAAAUCGAACUUACAACUCUAUCCAGCACUCAUCAUGUAGAAAUGAACCCAAGUGAUGUUGGAUUCCAGGAUAGACACAUUGUUCAAGAGAUAAUUAAGGAGAUGGCUCGGAAUCGACCAAUUGACACUAAAGGGAAGCGGGGAUUCAAGGUGUUGGUUCUUAAUGAAGUUGAUAAAUUGUCCAAAGAAGCUCAACAUUCAUUACGAAGAACUAUGGAGAAGUAUAGUUCAUCAUGUAGGCUUAUUCUUUGCUGCAAUAGCUCAUCUAAGGUUACUGAAGCAGUUCGUUCUCGUUGUCUAAAUGUGCGCGUCAAUGCUCCAAAGAAUGAAGAGAUAGUCAAGGUACUGGAAUUUAUAGGGAAGAAAGAAAGCUUGGAACUUCCGCCAGGAUUCGCUGCUCGUGUUGCUGCCAAAUCUAAUCGGAGUCUAAGAAGAGCAAUACUGUUGUUCGAGACUUGUCGUGUCCAACAAUAUCCUUUUACGAGUAAUCAGCCAAUACCCCCUAUGGAUUGGGAAGAAUAUAUCUCUGAGAUAGCAUCAGAUAUUAUGAAGGAGCAGAGCCCUAAAAGGCUCUUUGAGGUUCGAGGAAAGUUCUAUGAGCUGUUAGUUAAUAUUAUACCUCCAGAAAUUAUUCUUAAGAGACUUCUUUCUGAGUUAUUGAAGAAACUAGACGCGGAACUGAAGCAUGAAGUUUGCCAUUGGGCUGCCUAUUAUGAACAUCGGAUGCGCCUUGGGCAAAAAGCCAUAUUCCAUCUUGAAGCAUUUGUGGCCAAGUUUAUGAGCAUUUACAAGGCUUUCCUUAUUGCAACUUUCGGUUGAUACUGAUCCGGUUUUGUGUGAUUAAUCCGGAUGCUCCUACAGUCCUACUGGAGUCAAGUCGCAAAUCCUUGGUGUUCUGUUUUUAAGGCCUCUGGCUCUGGCUAAAUGUUUGUUUGUAUUGGAAAGAGAUAAACAAAUUGCAACACUAAUGAUGUAGGAGUAUUACAUUUUGGUCUGCAAUUAAUAUCAAACAUUGAAGCCUCUGCCUAAUUCCCUUUCUCA